AUGAGUAAUCAAAAGCACUAUUGCCCUGAAUGUGAUCAAAGGCUGACCGAUAACUCUUGGUGGUGUAAAUCAUGUCAACAACGACACUUUAAAGAAAAUUUUGAUAAUUGGACAACUGGAGACAAGAAUAUCGACGAAUUCAUAAGGCAAACUCAAAUGGAAGCUGAAGAAUGUAAUCAAUAUCUGGAGUGGAUCCCUUUUUCCGCUUUUAUCAAUGUUAAUAAAUCUGAAAUUUCUGAGGUUGGCACCUUGUUCACUGCUAAUUGGGCAAAAGGUCCUGCAGAUACUUGGGAUCAUGCGGAGGGCCAAUUUGUUACGAAAAGAGGGUUUCUUAAAGUUGGCUUGACUUCUCUUGGUGAUUCUGCUUCGCUUUUUUUGAAAGAGCUUAAAAUACAUUUCUAUUCUCGAAAUAACAAUGGUCUCAUCCUGCGCCUUCUCGGCGUGACGCGUGAAUCUGUGACUAACAACUUUAUGAUGGUCGCCGAAACUGUCGAAUGGGAUUUGCGUCAUUAUGUUUCUCAUCACUUUGUUCGUCUCACGUGGGUAAAUAAAAUAGCAAUCCUGCAUGCUAUUGCGUGUGCUCUCGAAAAUUUAAAAAGUGAUCAAGUGCAAGCAAGAUAUGAUAAUAACAAUACUAUUAAAUCUCACAUAGAGAUUCCACUUAAUGAACUAGGAUUAGGUGAAGGAAAAGAUAUGAUUCCUGUAAUUGGAUAUUAUAGAUAUGACCUCUUACCUUAUAUUGCGCCAGAAAUCCUCGAUGGCGAAAAGUAUUCUCCCAAAAAGAGAGUUAAACGAGUGUUGCUUAAAGGGUUGAACCCUGAUCCCGGUAGGAUGAUAGCCCCUCCAAAAAUUCACCCUCAAGCGAUUUACACUAGCAGGUUGUUAAAAUUUCCGGCGCUUCCCCUACCGAAGAAUAACCAAAGAACACCGAAAAGGUCUCAGUCUUACAGUGAACAUGACAAUGGACGCACGCAAAUCAGUCCACAGGAUUUGGCCUCGAUUCUUGUGCGCGAUGAAAGUGAUCUCAUGCAACGCCGUCAAUAUUAUCCUGAGCCAGGAAAUGAACAAACCGAUGAAGAUGUUUUGAAACAAUACGAACUUUCUAUCCCUAAUAAUUUGAAUCCUUUGAACAAUACCACCGACGAUGAAAAUAAAACCCACGAAAAUAACGAUGGUAAAGAGGAUCCCUUACCUGAUCUAGAGAAUACUACGUAUAACUCAUCUUCAAAAUCAGAGUGA